UGCAUAUCUAUAUUUAUACUUUAUCAGAAGAUGGAGUGGUAAACACUAUGAUAAAACACAGGUUUAAAGGAAAAUAGGAACAGUUUACGCAGUUUUCAUCUAUCUAAAUGACGUUAAAUUGGCUUGGUCUAAAAGCGUGGACCUUGAUCCGGAAAGCCAACUCCCUGAGACUGUCCAGUAUGCUCGAGGUCAUUUGAACCACCAGACAGAUGGCUAAACGAACAAGGGCAUUCGCUUAACCGUAGAAAAUGGACCGUAAUCCAGAAAACCAUGUGCUGUCCCUGAGAUUGUCCAGGGUAUUCGAGGACAUCGGGGUCACCGGACAAAUGGUCAACAGAAGAAGGAGGACUUGGUUGGCGACGGAGAAAUUUAACAAUGUGGUCAGACAUUUCUUCGAAAAUACAACUCGAACAAAGUACACGUUUGGAAGCCAAAGCGAAGGGUCAACAACCCUAGGAAUGAAUUCAGAUGUAGAUAUGCUAGACUGUAAAAGCACUCCUGUACUCAUUGACUUAACAGAGUGGAAGCCUGGAAGAGACUGUCUCCUUGUGCUAAAGAAUGAAAAUUCUCCACCACAACACUGCAACCUGCAGUUGAUUAGGCCUGACCUACCGAUGCCAAUCACGCUAGACUUGGUUCAGGACAGGGUGGAUGUCGAGGUGGACGGAGAAGGAAAAGUGCUUCUCAAAAACACCAACUGGGACCCGUACUUUAAACGUCUGUACAGAGAUGAAUAUGUGCAACAAGGUCCUUCAAGGAGUGGAAGCAAGAACAUAGAUAUAGUAAAUGCCUACCACUGUUUUAGUUUGCUAGAAGAGUGCCAGAUCCUUUUCAAAAGACCUCGGCCUGGACACUGGCCUAGACCUGCGGUAAUGACACAGGCAAAAGCGACAGGAACAUUCUUGAUUCCACAGGGACAUGCUGAAAGCCAUUAUCCCAAAAUCGAAUGGAGGUUUUCUACUUCAAUUAUAGAAAGGCUGCUUAUGUUUGACCUAGACACUAUUAAGCUAAAAGUAUACAUCUGCCUGAAAAUGCUACGAAAGACAUACUUCAAGCCUAUUGUUGGUGAUAGAUUAAGCACAUUCCACUUUAAAACUGCUUUGCUCUUCACGAUAGAGACGUAUCCGCCUGAGAUCUGGCAGGAGCAUAAUCUGGUACAGUGUGUCAUUUACUGCCUGACCACACUUGAACGUUGGUGCAGGAUGAGCCACUGCCCACAUUACACCAUCUCCGGAGUGGACUUGUUUGUCGGAAAACUGAAGAGAUUUGAGCUGCCGCGCAUCGCAACAAUACUGUUAGACAUGAGAGAGAAUCUCAUGGUUUACGUAGUCCAUAUUGAGAUGGACCAGUUGGGUAAAAGGAUGCUAAGGCUCAGUGAAACCAGUUGCGGCUUACCAAUAGCUUUGCCAACGAGACAUGAGAACAUACUCAGCAUUGUGAUGACCUGCUUUCAUAACCUUUUGACUGGUUUCCUCACUGAACCAUUCUUUUAUAACUUAAAUACAUCGAAUAUAUCACGCUUUCUAGACGACUGCAAACUUGACGCAAUGUACACGUACAUGCUCUUUACUCAGGAUGGAACAAGCUAUUUCAGCGAUGUAUUUGGUCUGUACAUCAAAUUCUUGAGUUCGACAUUGGCCACUACCCUUGCUUCAAGAUGCAUAGAGCUACAACAACCAAUCACAGCAAAGGUUUACAACUUAUAGAGAUCGUCCUUGGACUCAGACCUGACCUCAAGCAGGUUGAAAUUUGCAUCAAUGCUUUACUGCACUGGCCAGUACGAGAAGGCAGCAGUAGUGUUAGACCACGCUGCGAGAUUGCUGCAUCCUGACGUCUUACAGUUUUUUUUCAGUAAUAGAGCAGAUAGUGAAUUCACACGUGGACUUCAAUGCAAGUUGCUGGAGAUGCCUGCAAAAGAUGUUAUUAUGACAUCAGUGGCAUCAUGUGUUGCAUUUCACCCUCAGGAACUAUAUUGCGUGCCAAAACAUCUGGUGUUUGAGAUGCACAGAACUUUCUCAAAAGAAGACCGUCAAACGAGACACCCGGUUAAUGAUAGUUGGAUGGACUAUGCAGUCAUUGGUUCAAUUCCUUUUCUGUACUAUCUGCAGUACCUCACACAUAGACAACUCGGACAAACGUACAAACAAGUGGAAGCGUUAAGAAAACUCCUCCACUAUACAAACCAUGAUAGUGAUAGUUGUGGCCAUAUAGAGACGGUGACUAACGUUUUAGGACACUGCUAUGAACUAGAGAACUGCCUGGAUCAUGCCUUACGAUGGUACACGACAUCUCUUGAGGCCUUGCCUAACAACAACGCUGCAAGCUGGCAUAUAGCUAUUCUAUUGAGUAAAUUGGUAAACGAACCAUAGUUCAAUAACUUUGAGACACAAAACCUUCACCAUGGAUAGAGUCACAACUUUAUUGUCUGCCCAGUCAUCUAGAGCCUGAAAUGCACUUACAUUAUGGAGUCAUCGAUUCCAUUUCUUUCCUGUACUUCCUGCAGUACCUCACGUACAGGCACCUCGGGCAAAAACGUGCAAAAACCCCUGGAAUUUCAUGAAAAUCAUGCACUCCGUACACUGACAGUUGUGGCUAUGUAGAGACUGUGGCUAAUGUUAUAAGUACUGCAGUGAGCUUUAGAACAAUAUUGGCUAUAAACCAUGGUAGUGAUAGUUGUGGCCAUGUGGAGACUGUGGCUAACGUUGAAGGACACUGCUGUGAACUAGAGAACUGCCUGGAUCAUGCCUUACGAUGGUACACUACAUCUCUGAAGGCCUUGCCUAACAACAACGCUGCAAACUGCCAUGUAGCUAUAAUACUGAGUAAAUUUGUUAAGCAAUACUUUAAUCGACUUAAAUGCAAAAAUCUUAAUACUAACAGUGGCUAAAUGAUUAUUUGUUUCACACUAGAGAAUUGUCAAGUGGCACACCAUGAGCUUACUAGCCGAUGUACAAAAUAAAUUAUGACUCAUA